AUGCCUCUACAUAAAUGUGUUAAUGACUUCUUUGGCGAUAAGGCUUCACUCAAGACUGGAAAGAUCGCAGCAUUGUUGGAUGGCAAUAGGAUAGGAAUCGAAGCCUCACAUUGGGGACUGUUGAAGCUGCAUGGCAAAGAGCCAUUCCAAAUUGCAAUGGGCGGUGCUCCAUUGACUCUCUACACCUCAAUCCAGACAGAGUUGGAUAAGUUCAAGAAAGCAAACUUACAUCCAUUGUUCGUCUUCUCAGGACUGUCUAUACUAAAGGACAGGAACAAUGCAUUCAUACAACCACAGAUCUUAAAGGCACAGAAGCUCAGCGCAGCAUGGGAAGCAUACUACAAGCAACAGGGCGAGCAAGCUGAGAAGAUGUUCUCUGUCGAGGUUAAGCAAGACAAAUCACUCAUCUACCAGUUCAUCCCAUCACUGGUGUCCUACUUCAAACAGAACAAUGUCGAGUGCUUCAAGUCACCGUACAUGGCUGCUGGACAGCUGGCACUCUUCUCGGAUCCCACCCAGAAGAACUAUAUCAACGCCGUAUGGGGCGGCCUGGAGCUGCUCCUCUUUGGCGUCCAUCGUCUAAUCGUUGACAUCGACUUUGAGAAAGGAACAUUCGAUUGGAUUGACUUGAAGCACAUACUCAAGGAGGACCUCCAGAUGACUCACGAUCAGUUCGUGGACGCUUGCAUUCUGGCCGGCUAUGAGUUCUGCAACACCUUCACCGGUCUGACGUCCUCCUUUGGACACAACUUCAACUUCCGUCACGUGUGCGAUCUGGUCAAGCAGCACCAGACUGGACUGCAGGUCAUCCAGGACUACCAAUACUCGUACCAGAACGUCGAGAAGUACAUGGAGCAGUUUAUGAAGACCAAGUGUCUGAUCAGGAACCACCUGGUCUACACUCCAUCAUGCAUUUGCGAGCCACUCUACAAAGACCUCAGCUUCCAAACUGACCUCAACACCAUCUUUGGACCCAAGCUUCCCAAUGAUCUCUUCUUCUACAUCUCACAAGGAGUCGUCAAUCCACAGGUUAUCAACAACCUCCUUAGUGGCUUCCUCAAUGAGCCAUUCCCAUCAGUUGAUUCAGAGGAGUACAGGAAGAUGCUUGAGUAUUUGAGGGAGAUAAGAACCAACACUCUUGGCCUGCUGUCAUCAUGCUUCAAUGAGGACAUUGCCAAGCGUGUGGUCAAGAACAUCCGUUGGUACGAACCAAAGGAGGAGGAGAUUGCACACACCAAGAAGGUGUCUCAUCUGUUUGGAAGACAUAGCGCACCUUCCUCCAUCUUCACCAGCGCACUUAAGUCGCAGCUGCAGACACUCAAGUCGUCGCCCGCUGGCUCGCCAGCCAUCACACUGAACUUUGUCGCCAAGUGCAUCCCAGAGAACGUCGUCGGCAGUCUAACCUCCUCUCCAUCCACCUCUGAUGCUAGCGAACACAAUGGCAGCAAUGGUCACUCCAUCCAACCAAUCAAAGACAUCAAUGAGGCAGCCUUCUAUGUAUUUUACCAAACGCUGGUGUUGAUGGGAUAUAUCCAGGACAACAAUCUGACGACCUAUGGUCGUCUGUUGGACAUGACCAAGAAGUCAGGCUUCCAACAGGAGUUGAUCAUCACAAUCGAGUUGAUAAGAGCACAAUGCUUGACAUCUGAGAAGCUCACAUUCCUUCCAAAGCCAACCUUUGAGGGACCACCAACCAACAUAUCAGCAUUCCUGUCGAGACUGCUCAGUAUAUUGCCUUGCACAAUGGAUAAUAAUCCAUGGGAGGGACCAAUCGACCAUGACUUGAUGGCAUUCCAUGAGAUCACAAGGACACUCUACAAGUCUGUUAGGAACUUGUUGGAGAUAUCAUCACUGUCCAACUUCCUCACGCACAAGAUCCAGCUGGACCCAGCUGAAUACUUUAACUUUGCCGCGGGCCAUUUGCCAUUCUUUGUGCAGCCCAACGCCAGCAUGGGACUGUUGGUCAAGGGCAUGAUCCUGGAGGAGAUGUCCAUCGACCAGCUCGAAUCCGUGUUCCCCAACUGCACCAGCAUCGAGAAGGACUUGCAGAGGGCGACCGAGUUCCUCGACGAGGUGAUGCAGGUGGCCACCGUGCUCCUGAGCGAAGGCCUCAUCACACAGCAGCUCUACGACAACUUUGUCGAAUCAGACUCCACCUGGAAGCGAGUGAGACAGAUCCAGAAAGAGGCUGCUGCUGAGGACAAC